AUGUUGCGAGGCCACGGCCAAGGCCGGGGGCCGGGCUCUGUGAGCUCUCGCAGCUCUCUCAACGGCGUCGGCUUCCUGCCCGUCAUCGCAGAGAACGAAGUCGUCCAUCCACAACCAUCACAACCAAAGCCCGUUGUCGCUCACCUAUCCCCCUUACCUCUUCCCCUCCGCGUGCCCCAAAAAUCUCCUCGUCGCCCAUCACCUGGUCGCUCGUCACCCGGGACGCCGCAGGGCCACCCUCCGCCCUAUGUCCCGCCAUAUAUCUUGGGCGCCGUCCCGACGCUGAAUCACCCUCCGCCCAGCUACAAGGAGGCCGACGGGGAGUCACAGGAACGGGAGGCCCGGAUGCAGCGGGGUGAGUAUGGCGGACGCAGGACGCAUGUGGACCGGUGGUGUUAUAUCUUGGGAGUCGCAGUGGCUGUGUUGGUCAUUAUUGCUGUCGGACUCGCGGUUGGCUUGACAGUUGGCUUGCAAGACAAAGGACGAGAAAAACACAGCGGAGGAUCUGAUUUUCUAGACCAAAGCUUCCCAGCUGGGUCUUUCUCCUUCGAAGUCAAUCUUCAAGAGACAUCAACCAAAUGCACCUCCAACCCGUCUACCUGGCGGUGCUACCCAUACACCGAUGGCGACUCGGCCGCCUUCUUCUGGGUCAUCACCGCUGAAUCCUCCUCCGCAUACACCAUCUCCUCUACGGAGAACCCCUUUGCUCCAUCCUUCGUCAACCGCUCGCUUGCCAUCAUCGACGCCGGCCAGUCCACCGAGCGUCUGCGCUUCUCAUUUUCCAUGGCCAAGUCGGUCGUCCCCUCGGACAAGCUGACCUCGGACAACCGUGCCGCAACGUGCAUCUUCGACGACACCCGAUUCGAGGCCACGCUAUGGACACGACAACGCGGGAACCGCACCAUCGACCCGCAACCCGGUGACGUCAAGUUUGGCGCCUGGCCUGGCGACGCCGAGAUUGUACAGAGCAAGCCCGGUACGACGGGCCCGCCCAAGUGCGAGGACACCAACGGCAACAGCAUUGGCAACGUCGAAGCCAGGUCCGGAACUUGCAAUUGCCGGUACUCAAACCUCGAUGAUUGA